AUGAAGCUGUUCGGCUUGCUAAUCUUUGCGAACCAGCCAGGCCAGCAGGCUGUGCCGCUCGUGAGCGCCUGGGACCUCAACUCGUUCUCGUGGAUGCAACGUGGCACGGUGCAAGACAUGAUGGCCUUCAUGGCGAAGACGGUGUCGGAGCGCACGCAGCCGAUGCAGCGUCAGUCCGUCCAGGAAAACAACUUCACGGCUCAUGUGCACGCGCGGCCUGCCGCGGACGGCGUGAGCGGCGUGCUUGUCUCUGACAGCGAGUACCCCGUGCGUGUGGCCUACUCGCUGCUCGGCAAAGUGCUCGAAGAGUUUCUUAUCAAGCUGCCGAAGUCAAUCUGGCAGGCACAGGCAAGGCAACUGGCGGCAUCCGGCCAAAUCCCGCCCAAGGGCGAGGGCAUUGUCCGCACGAGCGAAUUCCCAUAUGCGCAGGACUACCUUGCGCGGUACCAAGACCCCCGUCAGGCUGACACGAUCUUGCGUGUGCAGCAGGAACUGGAUGAUACCAAGAUCGUGCUGCAUAACACGAUCGACUCGGUGCUCCAGCGCGGUGAAGACCUCGAUAAGCUCGUCGAGAAGAGCGGCUCCCUCAGCCAGCAAAGCAAAAUGUUCUACAAGUCGGCCAAGAAACAAAACUCGUGCUGUGGCAUUAUGUAG